AUGAAUAUUAAUAUUUUUAAUUUUUUCAUAUUCAUUAUAUAUUUACACUAUUACAAUAAGAUUUCCUCUAAAAUAUUUUGUAAUGAUGUUAAAAAUGUAAACCAAAUAAAAAUAAGUAAUGGAUCUUAUAGGUCCUUAUCAGAUAUGUAUGAUAUGUCCUACGAAAGGCGUGUUUUAUUGAAAACAAAUUCAUAUCCAUAUGAUGAUGAAAAAUUAAGUAACGAUGAAAAUGUGAUUCUUAAAAGAUUGAUAUAUACAAGAGAAGAGCUUAAGGAAUUAUACCAGAAUGAAAAUGAAAUAAAUAAAAUGAAUUCAGCUAAUGUUGAUAAAAAAAAAAAAAAACAUUUGAGGAAAAAAACAAAAUAA